AUGGACAUGAACACGACCAUCGCUCGUAUCGCCUCGUCCAACCUUGACAUUGACGAUGUCAAGCACGUGGUUGACGAGUCACUUCAUCGCAUGGGCCAGAAUCUGACACCUGCACCGCCAGUGGAGAGUCCAGAAGUAACCCAGAGGCACAGACGAGAAGUCUCUGAGCUGAACAAUAGGCUGAACAAGACACUCGCCGAUGCACUGGAAGAAGCUAAUCACCGUCGCACGGUUGAGGAACGUGAGGCUGACACUCGCCGACUACUUCGUCUUGCUGAAGAAGAGCUUUCUCUCCUUCGCAAGACCAUGGGCGACAAGGAGCAGCGUAUCCAUUCUUUGGAGAACCAGCGCGAAGAGCUUGAGAUCCGUGUCGAUGCUGCAGAGGUCACUCACGUGCACGACCGAAAGCAGUUGUCGAACUUCGAGGCAGAAAAUGCAGCACUCGAGUCUACUCUUGAAGAGUAUCGUCUUUCAAGCACCAAGUGGAGAAACGAGGUCGACGAAGUUACUAGCGAGAACGAAGUCCUCAAAUCCGGUACUCUCGAACUCAAGCUCCAGCUCGGAGAAUCCCAAGAAACCAUCAAGAUGGCUCGCCAACAAUUUGAAAAUACAGCUGUUGAGAACGCCGCGCUCAAGAUUAGCUCAGCUGAGCUCUUAGCACAGUUGGAAGACUCUCAAGCCUUUGGCAAACAAGCACGCCAAGCAGCUGAUGAUGCAGCCAUCGAAGCUACAGCAAUCAAGGCCAGUGCUGCAGAACUGAUGGUGGAGCUGGAAGCAUCGCAUGCUGCCAUGAAGCAGGUUCAAGAAACUGCUGACGAUGCGAUCGUUGAGAGCACGGCAUUGAAGGCCAGCGUCACGAGCUUGGUCACCGAACUUGAGGAUUCUCGUCUGUCUGCAAAGAAGUGGAAGCAAGAAGCUGAAGUUGCUACUCGCGAUAACGCCAAUCUCCAGGAAAGCAUGUCUGACUUGAAGAAUCAGAUUGCAGAUGGCCUCAACAUUCGCGAGAACAUGCGUAGCAAACUUGACAAGAUCCACCAUGGCAUGAUCUCGGCCGCUGAGCAAUUAGCCAACGAAAAGGCGAUAUGGCAAAACCGCAACGAGGAGCUGCAAAAGAGAUAUGUUGUCUUGCAAGCUCGUCUAGAGGGUGAGGUUAGCAUCAGACGUAGCAUGGAAGAAGAGGUUCAGAGCUUGCGUACCCAAGUACACGAGGCUGUCACCACCAAGAUUCAGCUCGAACAGCUGCAAAGAUCCACCACGUUGCACGAAGAGACAUUGAGAACGCUCAGAGAAAACCUCACAUCAGAGCAGACGUUGAAUGCUCGCUUGCAGCGCGAUUUACACGAGUCCAGAGAGUCUGGAAGAGCUGAAGUUCAACGCACUCAAAUGAUAAUGCAGUCCAGCAUUGAAGCAGCCGAAAGUCAAGCCAACAUCGUCCGUGCUAGCUUGGAGCAUGAAGUCAUGCUCGCCAAGAAUGAGAUUGACAACAUCAAGAUGGUCUCGGAAGCCGCUCGCGAAAGACACGAACGUUCGCUGGAGCAAGAGGCUGAUCUCAGACGCGACGCUCUUCGCAAGGUGAACGAGACCAGCAGUUCUGCUCUGAACGAUCUGCGUGAAAAGCAUGCGGAAGAGAUCAGAUACCUCAAGUCACAGUACGAAAGAAGUGUCGCCAACGCCUAUGAGGACAAGCAACGUUCUGCAGUCCAUUUCAAUGACAGACUGGAGCUGUCAACCGACCAAGUUCUGCACUUGCGUGACAAGGUCGCCCAUCUGGAGGAACGUUUGAACGUCGCCAAAUCUGCAGCACAGGCAGCUGCCUCCGCUGCUCAAGCUGCGAAGUUUACUCCAUCAGCUACGCCUGCACCUACAGCUGUGUCGUGUGCAUCGCGCGAAGAGCCCGAAAAGAUCUCUCCCCAAGCCCUUCGCGAGUCUAUCUUGGUACUACAAGAACAGCUCCAGGAACGCGAGACUCGUAUCGAGCGUCUGCAGAACGAGGUCGCAAAUGUCGACUCCUCGGCGCCUUCCAAGCUCAAGGAGAAGGAAGUCGAGAUCUCCUGGUUGCGUGAGCUUCUGUCUGUCCGCAACGAAGAUCUCAAUCAGCUAGUUGAUACAUUGUCAAAGUCGGACUAUGACAAAGAUGCGGUCAGGGACUUUGCCAUUCGCAUCCGUGCCAACCUGCAGAUGGAGCAACAAGAGAAGGAGCGACUCAUCAACGCCGGCCCCUCGCUGACAGGCCAAGCUCUGGCCAACUUGACCAACUUUGCUUCACCCAAGGCAGUGUCUUUGGCCGCUGCAUUCGGCAAUUGGCGCAAGGGUAGGGAAACCUCGCGCCCCGCGUCUGUUCCUAAAGCUCCUGCUUCCAGAGCAACUCCCAGAUCAACCGCUGCCGCCGCACGGUUGGCCAAUGUCCGCACGCAAACACCUUCUAAACCAGCACCUCUAGCAUCGCCAUCUAUCCUGUCUGGUCUCAUGACUCCUCCCGCUACGAACUUCCGUCGCACCCCUAGUCCCGCUGAAGAGCCGAGUGGAUCUCAGCGAUCAAGCCUUAGCUUCUCCAAUGGUCCACAGCAAGCCAACAGCGAGACGAAGAUGAGCUACUUCGACACAAAGCCCAACGAGCAGGGCGAAGAAAGCCCCAUGGUCUUCAGACGUCAAAGCUAUGAUGAAGAUGCACAGCUUGGCGAUGUCGAUGCUGGCAUGGGCGCUAACGACGAGGACGAGCAGAAUACCGUUACCAUGGACAAUGACAAACAGCGCUCUCUUGAUCAGACACCCGAAGAGCUGGUUGGCAGAAGUCUGGCCAACGAGCUAGAGGCAAUGUAA